CGCGACAGGAGAAAGAGAAGCCAAGGUGUUGGGAAUUUUCUGGGAACACUGCAGUCAACCAGUCCCUGCACUGAGGAUCCCUCACCCUGAUUGUAAAGAGUGGAUAUUUGAGUUUACAUAGCAUUCGUAUCAGCUCAAGCUAGUUUUGUUAUUUUCUUUUGACCUCUCCCUCCAAAAAGGUGUUUCUACCUUCAGACCUGCCACUCACUGGAUGGUCUUUGUUUCCAUAUUCUUUGUUUGCUCAAAAAUCUCAGAUGAUCAGCAGUUUCUGUAAAACUUAGUCUGUCUCAUCAAAUAAAAACUCGCCACAGAGAUCAGAGGUUACGUUGCUUUGGUUCAUGCCAAGACGUUUCAUGCAUGAAAGGAGUAACCACUUUAAUCCCCACUGCUUGGCUGUCACAACACUUACACCUGCCUCUAUCUUCAAACAGCAUUCUUAAAAUACAUUCAAUACCAUACCUGGUCAACAGGACACACCUUAUCCUAACCUCUCCAACCCCUGAGAGCCUGUAGGAUAUGCGCUAGAGACUUGACUCCACAGUCUGGCUCCAACAACCACAGCCAAGCCCAGAUUUUUCCCCCAUUCUGAUGUGAUGGGAAGGUCACCUGAAGCUUUCCACUUGGGUAUGUAUGACGGUACGUCUCCGUGCUUCUGGCAAAGGAGUGAAUAAUUGUAUAUUGAAUGUGCAGGUGCGCAAGUGGCUCUAAUCGCGCAUUGUCCCAAGGCCUGGAGACACACCGUCAACUGCCAUGACGAGAUCGUUAACAGUUCUCACCGCUGAAGUUUUGUUAUGUUAGAGCUGGCAAUAGGUCUCAGACGUUGAGCAGGGUUUCAGAGCAUGGCACCAGGUUGACUAACAGUGGAUACACAUUUGAGAACACUGGACACAUAGUCCUCUGUCCUUCCAUGCUGUGGUACUACUGUGGUAUGCACCAACAGAUCCAGUGGCGACACGUUCUAUCUUGGACAAACUCUGGGGAGUAUUUCACUCCAUUAUAUGAAACAUCUGUGGAUUCAUACUACAAUAGUGUGUUAACUUUGAUCUGUCUAAUAUGACUUCAGAUAAAUUUUAAUAAAAAAAUUCAACACUAAGGACCAGUUUCCCUGACAUGGAUUAAACAUAGUAUUAACCUAAAUUGCAGUGCCAAUGGUUAAUCACUAGUGGAUGAGGAUUAGGUUUAGAUUAAGAGAUUAGAUUUAAUAUUAAGAUUGAGUCCUAAUAUGGGUCUGAUAAAGAUGCCUUAACACAUCCAUUUAAGGUCAAGCAAAUUACACGUCCCAGUUCUUUAAAUGGCUAAAAAUGGUUCAUGGGAAAACAGCACAAGAUGUUUCAUUUCUGCAUUUGUGGUCACACUGUUUCUUUGUGCUCUUUGAAGGCUCCGGAAGCUUCUGAGAUGAGGGUCCGUCUAAAAGUCCAUUUACAGGCAAUCGUUGGCCUACUUAUCCUGGCAUGCCUCUACCUCUCAUUCAGAAGAGAGCAGUGGACUGAACAAACGGAGAUGAGGAGGUGGAGCUGGAACUUCAAUGCUGGGCGGCUGUCUUCAGGCUCUCUGUCCAUGGCCUCUGCCCGACUGCUGGCUGGAGUUCCUCAGCAGGACAAGAAAUACCUUACUGUCGGUCUCUCGUCUGUGAGAAGGAAGAAAGAAAAUUAUCUUCUGUCCACCCUCUAUUCCAUCUUCAGUCAGUCGUCAGAGAAGGAGCUGGCUGACAUGGUGGUUGUGGUCCUCCUGGCGGACUUCGACCUGCAGUUCGUCCAGGAGACUCUGAGGAGCAUCAUGGAGAAGUUCUCCUCCAGGUUGUCCCAGGGCCAGCUGUUGGUCAUUCAUGUGGAUGAGGAGCACUACCCUCCCCUCACAGGCCUCAAGAGGAACUUCAAUGAUGCCCCAGAUCGAGUGACCUUUCGCUCCAAGCAGAACAUGGACUACGCUCACCUGGUGCAUUUCUGUGCGAACCUUUCCCGCUACUACCUCAUGCUGGAGGAUGACGUGAGCUGCUCUAAAGGUUUUCUCUCUGCUAUACGGGGCCACAUCCAUUCUCUCGGCUCUUCUCCAUGGACCUCCCUAGAGUUUUCCAAGCUAGGCUACAUUGGGAAGCUCUACCACUCCAGCGACCUCCUUCAGCUGGGACACUUCCUCUACAUCUUCUACCAGGAGUUGCCGUGCGACUUCCUGAUGAGCCACUUCCGCACGUUGCUCAUGCAGGAUAAGCCGAUUCGCUUUCGGCCUUCUCUCUUCCAGCAUAUGGGAACCUACUCCUCCUUUCAGAGCAUCUACAACAAGCUGAAGGAUGAGGACUUCGACGUAGACCCUGGUCAUAACCCCGCAGCAGAUGUUUACACAGACAUUGGGGUUUAUAAUCACCACCUUCCACAGCAAGCCUAUGAGAAUGGACCAGAAAAUCAAUUUUUCUGGGGUAAAUCCCCUAUCAAGGAGGGGAACUUCUUCCUUGUAGCCUUUCAUGAACCGGUGGUCGUCUCCCGUAUCCUGAUUCAGACUGGGAAAGAUGGCAAUGAUAUGCUGGUGUCUGCAGAUGUGGAACUGGGUGAGACGGUGACGAAGGGAGCGACUGGGAUGAAAUGCACAGGAAGUCACACGGUGGGUUCUCUACGGGAGGGACAGUUUGAGCAGCAGGACAUGCAGAGGACACUGAAGAGCCCUGUCUUGUGCUUAAACAUCCGAGUAACUGCCCCCCAGACAAACUGGGUCAUCAUAAAGGGCAUCCAGGUGUGGACCGUUAAGGAAAACAAGAAUGAACAAGUUGUAGUGGCCUUCCAUCGGUGACGGUGACUAGAGCCGUCUCACUGGCAUACAGAGCAGAAAGCCUUCCAGAAACAUGUUCCACAUCGACUGUGAAUGGGCUGGCGGAGUGUAAUGAUGCUGUGAUGAAGGAAUGUUCUGAUUGUGAAUUUUGUCCCAGUCACCCCUAGUAAUACAAGCUUCCCCCGUUCUGACUGGGACCAAUCCUGUUUUCUAUGCAUUUUGAGGUCAACUUGAAUAAUUUAUCUGUAUUACAGUUUGUUGUCUUAGAAAAGAAAAUUGUUUAAUUUUGCAUUCGGUGGAGCCGAUGAAGUAAUGUUCUUUUAAACUUGCUUCAAUUGAUUGUGGGCAUUUCCUGGUCCUUAAAGGAGCAUUGAUGAAAUUGUUUUUUAUUAUUAUUUAUUUUUUUUUAAAUAUUGUUUGUUAUUCCUUACUAUAUCUCAGUGUCUGCUCAUCAACUCAUUAUUAGUUAUUCCUACAUCUCAGUGUCUGUGCUUUUUCCUUGCGUCCAAAUAAUCUGCAAGCAAAUUCCGGAUCCUGUGAUGAAGGGUUUUGUACCAUAGGGGAUUAUGUUUCCUGUUAAUUUGUUUCCACGGCAGAGUCUAAUGAGGUUGUGGACGUGGUCAAGGUUCUUUUUUUCCCAUUGAUUAUCUUUGGCUUGGCUACUGUGAAAAAAAAGACAAAACCAUUGUGAAAUGAAGGCAGUAAUAAAUAAAUUAUAUUGGCACAGUCUCAGUACAGUGAUGAGGCUUGCAUACUAAUUAGAAUAAUUAGUGUAUCUGUGUAAUUUAAAUAGCUAUCUGGCCAUUUGAUAGAAUAAUCCAAGUGAGUGAAAGAGAAUAUGCGAGAGAGAUGGAUAUAAAAAAGGAUGCGGGAAUAAUUCAUGAUGUUAGGUCAAAGGUCAUUCAUGAGCAUUCAUAAUGUGAGAGGUCAAAGCUCAUUUUGUAAUGUAAAUGGACAAUUUGCCGAAUUCCACUCAGGUUUCGGACCCCCACUAUACUGGGGCUGUCCUCAUAACGAUAUGCAAUUAUGCAGGAUUGCAUACUGACUCUGGUCAAAUGCCAGUUCUGGAUCUAGAGGCAAGUGCUGUGUUUGACCCUGUAUAUCACAAAAUAUUCUAGACAGGUUUUAAAUUGGGUGGGAAAAGAGGUUGACCUAACAGGAAUGUCCCUCCUAUGGCUGGGGUCCUGUGUAGAGGGCCGGAGACACUUGGCCAGGAUUGGAAGCUAUUCUGAACAAUGAAGGGCUUGGAAGACAAUUAUUGUAAAUUUAAGUUUUGUUACAUUUUAAAUAUAUGCCUUGGUUUCUGUUUCUGUUUCAUUUUGAUUAGGAUUUCUCAACAGGAUUAACAUUGUGAAUGAAGUACUUUUGUGUUUUUAGGCUUACAAAAAGUAAAAUGUACAGUUUAUAUAAGAAAAGUGAAAUCCAAAUGUUACAAAAAUUAUGUAUGAAUCAUCAUUCAGCAAAUAACUAUUCUCAACUCAUCCAAAGUACAAACCAGACUUCAGCAACAUUGCUGGUACCGUGUUCCAUAGCAACAGCGCCCUCUUCUGGUCAUAAGUGCAUUUGACCCUCCUCAAAUUUGAUCCAUUAUGCAUUAGGUAGAGUGCACCACUUACCACUGGCAGCAUUGUUUCUGCAUAACAUCUGAUGUGUCAUUAUAAAAUGUUUCAAAUGAAACGGUGCACUUCUGUAACACACUAUAGUAUGUUAUCUUCUGUGUGUAUGGGGGUUAUAAACGAUGCAAGUGUCCCAGAGUUCUUUGAGUAAAGAGUAAACAGAGGAUUCAGGAGAUAUUUUUAUGGUCACCAACACAUUAUUUCAGGAAUAUGACAUCGCUGUGGUGGUAGACUUGACCUCCAGGGCUGUGCCAUCUAAUGGCCUCUGUUUCUGUGUUUAGCGUUCAGACACUUAGGAAUUUUUGCACAUUUUGCUGAUAAGUAAAACUGUAUAUCAGGCAUCCUUUUGUGACUGAAAGAGAAGACAUGGCAGUUUCCUUUGCUUUGAAAAGCUAAAUUGUUUGUGCAAUUUUCAGUUCCAAAUAUGCAGAGUCUUAUUGUUCAAAUAUUACUUGCAAUAUCCCUGAAGUGGCACCAACUCAAACUGAAAGCAAGUUGUUGUGGGUCAACACUAUUGGUCUGUCCUAAGGAUACCUUUAUUUAAAUAGCUGUUUUUAAAACUGUUUCUAACUGCGAUUUCUGUUUUCUUAAGUUUAAUAAGUUUAAA